AUGUCUGUGUCUUUUGAGCACUGCAAGGCACGUUUCGACGUGUACUUCGCGCUGGCGAUCAUUGAGUCGCAAGUCACGUCUAGAACGGAAGCGAACAAACUAAACAGGUGGUGUGUUGCGCUGCCCGCGCCGCCGCCGGCCGCUGCGGCGCCAAUGUUCCAGCCCCUGGGCAUACUGUCCAGAGCAAUGGCUUCGCUCAACCAGAUGCAUAGAACAGGACCUCACAUUAAAUUAAGGAAGUCUAGGAAUCCGCUUAAUGGAAACCCUUUCGCUAAGGGAGUAGUGCUAAAGACACUGAUAAAGAAACCAAAGAAGCCGAACUCUGCCAACCGCAAGUGUGUGCUGGUGCGACUCUCGAACGGCAAGGAGAUGGUGGCGUACGUGCCGGGCAUCGGGCACAACCUGCAGGAACACAACAUCGUGCUCGUCAGGGUCGGCAGGUUGAAGGACUGUCCCGGAGUGAAGCUGAAGUGUGUGCGCGGCAAGUACGACCUGCCGCAUGUGAUCAAACAGAAAGUGUAGUCGCGACCUAGUCUAGUGACCUUAGUACAAUAUAAUAUAUUACUUGAUACCUCAACUUAUGCUGCGGUUUCAUUUGCUACUCGCGUAUCAAUUUGUGUAUGGUUCAUUGACAAACUUUUAUUAUUAUUACAUAUUUAUUUACUCUGACAGACAGGCAGUGAAGAGCUGUUAUAUGCCUGUAUCGUAUUUACUUAUCUACGUUUUAUACUUCGAUCUCGUAUGCCUGUUAAGUCUAUAUUUGAAUUGGUUAACAUUUCGCUUUGCGUUGCUGCGAUUACAUUUGCUGGUAGCUUGUUGCACGCUCUGGCUAAAUGAUUGCUUAGGAAGUGUCUCAGAGGGUUAUUUUUCGAGAAGCUUGUAAGUACAUAGCUUAGGGUGGUGGCCUCUAAGAUGAAGAUUUUCAUCACGUGAGAUUAGUUUGACGAACUUUGGAAUGUCAUGAUGUUCACCCAAGAUCUUGUAUGUCUGUCUCAAUUAGAUCUCCACGUUGCCUGCGAUCAUUCAAAGUGGUUAAGUUCAAAACGUUCAAGCGUUCCUCAUACGAAUGUUGUUUCAAUGAGCGUGGUAUUUUAAAUAAAGCAGCGCUAUACCUUUUCCAAGAGUUAUCCCUUUACAGAGUAGGGCUUCCGGACCUGAAAUGCAUACUCUAGGCCCAUCAAAGAUUAUUGAUGCUCAAAUCACACAAGACUUUCGUUAGUUUAGGUUUCAAUGAAGUAAAACAAGAACGGGUCAAGCAUCGGUCUUUAUGGAACAUCCGUCUUACUAUAAUG